UGGGAACAACACCGCAACACUCAUCAUGGAUUCCUUUCUCGACCUCGUUCGAGAUUGUGAUAACUUUCCGUACCCCGGAGGCACUGACACGACCGCCCACGAUGACCUUCAAAGCACGCUCUGGGAGUUCUACCUCCCCGAGGAUCCUCGACCCCACGGACUCCUGAUCGACGCCGUUGUCCACGCCAUGCCCUGGACAUCCGACUUCGAGAUCAUCCCCCAUCCCCACAAACAAGUCCGUAUGCGACGUCCCUCAGGUUCGAACUGGCAGACCAAAUGCACGCAGAUCAUCGAUCACCAGAUACAAGAAGCCCGCAAGCGCGGCGUCUUCCCUCAGCUCGGUCGGCCUCGCGGAGAGUUGUUCCCCAUCGUGGGCGCCCGAUUCCCUGUCGCGAUUGAUCGCAGUGCCUUCUCGAUGUGGGGGAUCAUUGGACAAGGGGUGCACAUGACGGUCUAUGCGCGCACCGCGGCGGGAUGGCAGUUCUGGAUUCCCCAGCGAAAUCCCAACAAGGCCACGUACCCGGGGCUAUUGGACAAUGCAGUCGCAGGUGGGAUGGCGAUGGGGGAGUCCCCGCGGGAGUGUUUGCUGCGCGAGGCUGGCGAGGAAGCAGGACUGUCUGCGAGCAAGAUGGAGGAGGCUCGUGCCGCGGGAACUGUGACCUGGAUGAAUAUAAGUGACAUACGGGCGGGUGGGCAGGUGGGAUUGAUCAAUCCCGGGGUGUUAUUUGUGUAUGACUUGGAAAUCGACGAGCAGGAGGUUUUGCGACCGGUGGAUGGCGAUGUGUGUGCGUUUCAUCGGAUGGGGGUGGAGGAGGUCAAAGAAGCAUUGCUGGGAAAGCGGUUUAAGCCAAGUAGUGGUGCGGUCAUGCUGGACUUCCUGAUCCGCCACGGUUUGAUCACCCCUGAGGAUGAACGAGACUAUACGGAGAUUGUGGCGCGACUGCACCGCAAACUGCCAUUGCCCAGUAGUUCUGCUGCUUGAGAGCUGUAUACAGUGUCAACUGGAGAGAUUGACGGUACACGACGAGGUCCCACCCAUUUGUCCCCACAUUGCAGUGCAAUUGUUUGUUGUUUUAUCUUUCAUAUUUUGUCGUUCAUCCCCAUCAUCACUUCAUCACCUGGCAGUCAGUCUACAACCUCUGCGCUGUGCAGGUGGCCAUGGUUUCGCCAUCCGGUUCCAGGGUCAAAGCCGUCCGGCAAGCGAGAUCCGGCUUCACUCCCGUCGGAAUUGUUCGACCGCAUCCUAGAUU